AUGGCUUCUCUAUCGAUUGGGAAUGAGUUGAAGGACUCCUUCGAGGUGACGGACAAGUGGGUGCUGUACAAUCUAAAAUGGCUCGGCGAGAUUGAGACUUUCUAUAGGGAGAGGGCGAAGCUGGAAAGGGACUACAGCGAGAAGUUGAACAGGCUGACCACAGAGUUUCUGAACAAGAAAUCCGUGUCCAGCGUUGCAUUAGGGGUUGGCGAAAGUCCCACGGUUACGCCCGGGUCCGUGGAGGCGGCCAGUGUGGUGGCAUGGAACGAGAUAUUGACGCAAACAGAACUCGUCGCCAAGGAUCACGGCCAGUUGGCUGUCGAUUUCGACCAGAAUGUGGCCUCAAAGCUGAACGGGCUGUACACGAAACUGGAAAUGACUUACGGGAAGAUCAACGGGUUCUACGGCGAGAUUAGCGACAAGAAGAAGAACGCGUACGCUGCCCUCGAUAAAGCGAAGAAGAAUUACGACGAUUCCUGUUCCAACAUGGAGGCAGCUAGGAACAAGCACACCAAGAACAAUAAUGACAGAAGUAAAAGGAAGAUGGAAGAAAAAGAGGUCGAAAUGAACGACGCAAAGAACGAGUACCUGAUCAAAAUCAGCCAGGCAAACAGAAUCAAGGAUAAGUACUAUUUCCAGGAUAUCCCUGAAGCUGUGGACUUAUUACAGGAUUUGCACGAGGCGAAGAUUCUAUUCUUGAACGACACGUGGAAACACGCUUCAAAACUGGAGGUGGCAUUCACUGGAAGAGUCGCCAAAAGAUUGGAGGCCGCAAGCGGCGUUGUAGCCCAGAACAAACCUUCUCUCGGGACAGCCAUGUUCAUCAAACACAACACCAAAAAUUGGAAGGAACCUGCUGAUUUCAAAUACAAACCUUCCCCAGUAUGGCAUGAGGAAGGAGAUUUUGCUGUCCCUUCGACCCAAGAAGUAAGGUCUUUGAAGAUCAAGCUUGCCGAAGCAGAAAAUACUUACAACAAGUACCACGAUAUGACGCAGGGAGAUAUGGCCAAACUGGCACAGUUCAAUAAGCAAAAGCAGCAGCUUAAGUCCAAUGAGGACACCAUGGAUUCCGCUAAGUUCUAUGAGAACUUGAAAAGCUACCUGCGUGACGUGAGCCCCUUCACCUCCCACGAGACGCUGAAACUACUGGCAGAGGUAUGCAUAGAGAGCAUUCAGAACAACGUCCCUGAUCAAUACGACUUGAGCACGAAUGACGUAAACAUACACGACACGAAGAAGAAAGGUGGGCUGUUUUCCAAGUUGAAGAAGAACUUGCUGAACCCAGAUUCGAACCACAACAGGCCCACAUCCACAGGUCACAAACUUGAUAUAUUUGGCAGUGUUGGUGGCGGUGGUAGCCGGAACAAAAACCGAAACAGCACCGUGUCCACUGCCGGGUCAACCGCUGCAGACUCGCAUUCCGCGUACACUGUCGACACAACCACUACAUCUGCCGGGUCCGCAACUGCGGGACAACAUUCAAGCGGUCCACAAGCCAGCAGCAGCGACGAAGAAAAUAAAGUUCUGUACGCGUACACUCAACAGGAUGACGAUGAGAUCAGUGUGACACCGGGGGACGUGAUCGAGCUAGUCACGCCGGAUUCUGGAUCAGGGUGGACUCAGAUCCGCAACGUCACAACGGGCGCUGAGGGGCUAGUCCCCACGACAUAUAUAUCCGUGAGGGAAUCGGGCAGGCGGCCUCCAACCGUGCCCCCUCCUAGGAGGAAUACUUUGUCGAUGAGAACUGUGACUGCGCAGUACGCGUACGUGGCGCAGGGCGAUGACGAACUAAGCUUGGAGGCAGGUGAUGUAGUGAAAGUCAUCAAGGGGGACGACGGGAGCGGCUGGACGUAUGGGGAACUCGAUGGCGCCAAAGGGUUGAUACCUACUAGCUACUGCAAGUAA